CGAGCUUGAAUUCCUGGGAACGAGGCUGCCCGGUAGUGGUCACGUGACGCCGGCGUCCGGCGUGUCCUCUCCAGGCAACCGUCCUGGGGACCGAAGACGCCGCUGGCUGCAACAUGGACAUCAUCUGCCCGCUGGCGGUGCCCAAGGGGCGCCGGCUCUGCUGCGAAGUGUGCGAAGCCCCGGCCGAGCGCGUGUGCACGGCCUGCACGGUCACUUAUUACUGUGGUGUGGUUCAUCAAAGAGCUGACUGGGACAGCAUCCAUGAGAAGAUCUGUCAGCUCCUGAUCCCACUGCGCACCACCAUGCCCUUCUACAAUUCAGAGGAAGAGCGGCAGCAUGGCCUACAGCAGCUUCGGCAGCGGCAGAAGCACUUGAUUGAAUUCUGCUACACUGUAGCCCAGAAAUACCUCUUUGAAGGAAAACACGAAGCUGCUGUCCCGGCAGCUUUGCAUUCGCUUCGCUUCCGCAUGAACCUACACGGCCUGAGUUCCGUAGAGCUUGUGCCUGCUUACCUGCUGCUGGCCGAGGCGAGCCUGGGUCUGGGCCAGAUUGUCCAAGCUGAGGAAUACCUAUCCCAAGCCCAGUGGACAGUCCUCAAAUCAACGGAAUGCUCUCAUGCCAUCCAGUCUUUACUGCAUCGGAACCUGGGACUUCUCCACAUAGCUAAGGAAAACUACGAGGAAGCCCGUUAUCAUCUGGCCAAUGAUAUUUAUUUUGCCAGUUGUGCAUUUGGAACAGAGGAUAUCAGGACGUCAGGAGGCUACUUCCACCUGGCUAAUAUCUUCUACGGCCUUAAAAAGUUGGACGUGGCAGACACAUUGUACACGAAGGUCUCUGAGAUCUGGAGUAAAUACUUGAACAAUCGCUACCAAGUGCUCUCAGAGGCUCGCAUCCAACAGAUAGACUUACUGGGCAAACGAUUUGAGACUGACACCGGCUUGGAUGAAGCCCAGGAAGCAGAAGCCAUUCAGAUCCUGACUUCAGUCUGGAACAUUCGAGAAUCUACAUCCGACACAGCCCCCCAAAAAACUAUCUUUGUUCUGAAUACCCUGGUCAUGCUUUACUACCUGAUGAUGAAUUCUUCAAAGGCAAGUUUCCCCAGAAAAGCGCCAUGUCUAAUGGAGGUAGAAGUUCCUCUAGUUGAAUUCAGCUGUGUUUUGCCCAGUUGCACUGGUUUCUGCCCUCUGAGUAAGGCCGCACUUCAGAAGAGUUCAGAUGUUCGUGAUGUUUCUCAUUUGUUGAGUCCAGCCUGCAUAAUGGAAACUGCAUUGUCUUCUUCCAGAGGGAUAUGCCCGUUACUAGCCUAAGUACUUCUCACGAACUAAUGCAGUUAAUUGUCAGGCCAACUUUAUGAAGUAGGUAUUUUAUUAUUCCCACUUUACAGGUAAGGAAACUGAGGCGCAGAGAGGGUCCAUUAUUUGCCCAACUUCUUUUGGAGGAGGGGAGGUCACAAUAAACAAGGCAACAUUUAAUGGGGAAUAAAAUUUCAGAUCGCAAAUAGUGCUGCAAAGCAAACGAAAGCAGGCAAGGAGAGAGGGAAGGCUGGCUGGAGGAGGCCUUUGUGUGUGGGUGUCACGGAAAAUUUAGGAUUCCCUUCCCCCCUCUCCCUUCCUCCCUGCCUUUCUUCAGCAAACUUUACUAAGUGCCUUCUGUAUACCAGGACCUAGAGGUGCUCGCAGUCAGUGGGUUAUAAUCCAGUGUGAUCGUGAAGACCGGGGCUCUGUGGGCAAUGCGAGGGAGGGACACCAACCCUAUCUGGGAUGUAGUAAGAGUGCUUAGGGAACAGGGAAGCAUUUCCAUUGAAUUUCCAAGCUUACACUGUAAAAACCUCUUUUCUACAGUUCCAGGUCCAAUUUUCUACUGUGUACUCAAGGAAGUCCUUACCCUAAGGCAUGUGAAGGGUAUUAGAUCUAUAAGAGGUCCUUAGAGAAUAGGGACACAUAUAUCUACUCCAGAUUGCCACCUCACUUCCUUUAGGUCUUUCCUCAACUGUCUUCAGCGAAGCUUU